UGUUUACGGCUGAGCAGUACCAGCAGCAUCAGGAGCAGCUGGCUCUCAUGAAGAAGCAGCAGCUGGAGCAGAGUCAGCAGCAACAGAUCAACAACACCACAACACCUGCAAGCACACAGAUUCUUGUGCCCAAGACGUUGGACCAGGCCAGCGCUCAGUUUGCUGCUUCAGCCCUCGUCACAACAGAUAAGCUGCUUGGGUUCAAAUCCAAAGAGGAGCUGGUGCUGGCAGGUGGAGUCAACGGGGUGCUGACGAACGCAGCAGGCGUUUUCAAAAACCUGCACCUCACCAGCGCCGCAGCGACGCUUCACCAGACCAACCAGUCGACCCACACUACCACCGUCACGGCCCAGACUUUCCUCCAGCCCUCUUCCAACUCAAACAUCUCGACACCUGCCGCCGCUCCCGGCGCCCAAGCAGCAGCAGCUCUGGGGCUCCUGGGAUGCAGCGCUGCAGGCGCCACCCCCACCACCACUCAGGUCCUCAUUGGGAACAACAUCUGUCUGAGCGUGCAGUCAGCUGCCAGUCUCGCUGGGCGCCACAUCCCCCGGACCCUCGGCAACAUGCCGGCCUCUGCCUUAAAGCUGUCCACCUCCACCAAUCUGUCUGGAGCAUCGUCCAUGGACCUGAGCUCCAG